AUGUCGAUGAAAGAAAAAUUCAUCAGCACAGCUACUGGUGCUAGUCCUCCAUGGCCUUGUAAUCGUGAUGUUGGUUGUUCUCCUAUUUAUUUUGAUUCAUCAAUUGAAUCAAUGUCAAGUGAAGAUGGUGUUCACUCGUCAAUUUUUUUUCAUCAAGAAAAACAGAGCACAAUAAAUAAUGGCUACAUAAACAAAGUUCUUCACAUCGAACCAACAUCAUCAUUGUCAUCAUCGUUUUGCAGUUCACCAAGUACUAAUACAACACCGACAUUAUCUGCUACUUCAUCGAUGAAAUCAAGUUCAACAAGAGGUUGUUCAGUACCAAGCAAUAUUCAAAAUAAUCGAUCUUGGCCUGUUGAUCUUCGUUUUCGACGUGAUGUCAAGUAUCGUCAACAAUGUGCACAAAAUAAUCGUUAUAAUUAUCUUUAUCAAAAUCGAACAAGAAUCACAAGAUCACCAAUGAAAAAAACAAGUAAUAAUAUGUUAAAAUAA